UUGUCUGAACUAGGCAACGGUAGACAAGGUGCACGUGAUAUAUUCACUUCUAUAAGCUGCGCAAACAGUGUCUACGCGUUUCAAAGCACUUGAAUUGUUGAGCAAAGAAAAGCCUGGUCGCAGAAAUGAAUAGUGAUGCUCCCCCUUCGUAUGGCUCGUUAUUUCCCGACAAAAUGAAGCCCAAUCAGAUUGGCCGGAAUUUACGUCGAGGAUUCAGUCUGGGAGGCAGUGACGAGCGUGAAACAGGCGGCAAGGGAUGUAUUGGAUUAAUUACGUCACUGGGAUGUUUGUUGCUCAUUUUGGGAAUAACUCUGGGCAUCCCCAUUACAAUGAUUGCCAUUGGGGCCCAUAACUUGUACGACUGCCCAAUACAGAAAUACGUACCAAUCUGGCUCGUCGUGAUGGGUGUUUUCCAGAUGAUUGAAACAUCAUUCCGUGUAUGCUUUCAUGGAUCACGAAAUGAGGAAGACGACAACCAAGCCUCGAAAGACCCAUUGGCGUGUUUCAUCUUUGCCUGGUUCAUUGCUGGCAAUGUUUGGGUCUUCCAAAAUUGGAAUGAGUACACACCAGUAAAGAUGAACACUACAACUGGUGCUCUCAACAGCAACUACUGUGAUGAUCUGACAAUGAAAUUCUCAUUUGGCAUCAUUAUUUGUUCCUAUCUCUUAGUGGGAGGGAUCUUAUUCUGUGCCUGUCUGUGUUGCUGUUUCCUUGCUCAAAGAGACUAAAUUUACUGACUACGUAACUGGCAAUUGUAGCUUGUUAGUGUUGCUGUUUGUAUCCCCUCAGCUGCAAUGUCUUAUUGCUGCUUUUUCCUUUUAUUAACUUUGUGGAAAAUUAAAUGUUGACAUUUCUAAUCAUUUA